AUGGUCAAACUAUUCAUUCCUUACUUAGUUGACAAGUACCUGAAUUAUGCAAGCCUAUCACCUGCCAACAUUGGAACUUUACGCAGAAAAUUUGCAGGGGUCCACACAGUUGUCAUUGAUGAAAUUAGUAUGGUGAGUGACAGGAUGCUAACCGUCAUCAGUAGACGCCUCACAGAGAUAUCUGGGAAUAAUUUACCCUCAGGGGGCUUUAACAUAAUACUAUUUGGAGACUUUUUUCAAAUACGACCUGUUAGUGGUUUGUAUGCCUUUUGCAAUCGGGUUCUUUGGGAGCUUUUUAAACCAUUGUUCCUUCGUGAAAAUGUUCGGCAAAAUAAAGAUUUACGGUUUAUACAUUUAUUAAAUCGUGCCAGAGUUGGUUUGUUGACACAAGACGACAUUGAGUUGCUAAAAACUUGUUUGGAUGUAAACACUGUUAACACCACGUCGCUUUGUCUAUUUCCUACUCGGUCUGCUGUUGAUAAACAUAAUGCACAGUGCCUGAGUAGGCUUCAAACUGAACCUUUUACUAUAGCUGCAGAGCAUUUCUUCUCAUCCGAUGAUGCUGCUUGUGGCGGAGAAUGUGAGUCAAGGUUUAUUCCUACUGAUAACAGAUAUGCAGGUGGUUUGCCAAUGGCAUUGACAGUAUCAAUUGGUUCUAAAGUAAUACUUAUUCGCAAUAUAGAUGUUUCUCGCGGCUUGGUCAAUGGCGCUUUGGGUUUUGUGCAUAGUUUCAUUAGUGUUAAUGGAAGAGUAACUGAGGUGCUAGUAACGUUUGAUGAUCCCUUCGUUGGCAGAUCUUGUAAUGGAACUACAAAUGGUCAAAGCAGUACACCCAUAACAAUUGGGCUGUUUGAGCACCAGUUUACAUACUGUGGCAGGAGUAUAACACGCCGGACAUUUCCUUUAGUAUUAAGCUACGCUUGUACCAUUCACAAAGUGCAAGGCCUGACAGUUGACACAUGUGCACUAGAUAUUGGCUCCUCGGUGUUUCAAGCAGGCAUGGCAUAA